AUGGAAGACCUGGAGCUAUUUCCACAAAAUAUCUCCAACUUACGGUAUCCUUUGGAUCGACGGAUCAGUAAUGACGUUAGUGAGGUAAGUGGAAGGUCAGUGUAGAGAAGCAUAAGCAGGGUUGAAUAGAUGGGUAGAGUAGAGUUGGAUAAUUGGGUAGGGCAAGGCUGAUCUAGGUUGGACAGGACUGGGCCUGGGUUGGUCUGGACUAAGCUAAGCUAAGUAAUGUUAAUGUAAGCUAGGCUAGACUAGAUUAAAUCAGAUCAAGCUAGACUAAGCUAAAUUAAACUAAGCUAAGCUAAGAUUGGCUAAGCUAACUUAAGCUAGUUUAACCUAUAAUAAUAUACCCACAUAUAUAUUUUAGUUCCUCCGCCAAGAAGACCCACUAUGGUGGUCUCGGCUAGUGAUAUCAGCCCGGGGCUUCUUGAUGAAUCUUCAGAAUUACACUGAUGAGCAGAUUUUCAAUAUGGAUGAUGCUUUUAUUGAAAUUCAUCGAGUUUUUGUCACCAAAGAGUCAUCGAUGACUCCUCAAGAUGUAAGUUGGCUAGUCAUUUUCAGGUCUAUUUAGUACCUCAUGGCUUACGGUAUCUUGACCUUAUAUAUAUACGAUAAUAUAAAAACAAAGUUUUAGUUCAUCCACCACCUGAACGUUCUAUACUCAGUACCUGACUAUCUUGACGUACUUCAACGACUGGACCCCUCUCUUAAUGGAUAUCUUGAAGACAAUCCGUUUGAGUUGGAACCUCAAAGAAGUUCGUUUUCCAGUUUCUUUGGACAUCCAGGCAAUCCAAGAAACUUGGCUAUAGCGAAUAAACAAAAACUAGCCUACGACGUCUUCUUUAGGCUUCUGAAGAUGUGCUACGAAAGGUUCAGAGAUCCAGUCAAGACUAUGAGGAAGGGCAUCAAAUUUAGUACUGUAAGUGGUGAUACUAGUGUUGAAUCUUAAUAUCUUUGUUAUAUUAUGGUAGAGUACAAUAGGAUACGGUAGGGUAGGGUACGACACUGCACGGUAGAGUACAUUAGGGUACGGUACGGUAGAUUAAAGUAGGGUACGGUACGGUAGGGUAAGGAGGGGUUAGGGUGGCGUAGGGUUCAGUAGGAUACGGUACGGUAGGGUACAAAGGGGUUACGGCAGAGUAGGGUAUUGUAGGGUAGGGUAGUGUAGGGUAGGGUAGGGUAGAGUAGGGUAGGGUAGAACAAGCAACUUAUAAAAAAUGAUACUAUUACGUAACCUACAUAUCGUUAUAGGACCCCGAAUGGCAACCAGACAGCCGAGUAGUACUAUUCCAAUCAUUUGGUCAAAACAAUCGUACUUGGGUCCUAACAGAUUUUGAUAGACAUAUUAUUAAACAUUGGCGACCAAAUGGAAUUCAAGUCAUCUUUGGUGACGCAUACUUGGAAAAGAAGCAAAGAGCUGGCUACAGUCUCUGCGAUUACUGUGGAAUGCUGGAACAAACAAAGGCACAGUUUCCUGUUUAUCAGAAACACAGGUAAGUUAGUUUAAUUUGUUUUACUGCACUUUUGAUCUAGUCUUAGCUUUAGCCUAAGGUUACGCUUAAGCAAGGGCUUGAGCUUGAGCUUGAGCCGAAGUUGAGCCUGAGCCGGAACUGGUGCCGGAGCUUGAGCUUGAGUUUAAGCUUUAGCUUGAGCCUGAGCUUGAGCUUGAGCCUGAGCCUCAGCUUGAGCCUGAGCCUGAGCUUGAGCUUGAGUUUGACCCUGCGCCUAAGCCUGAGUCUAAGCCUGAGUCUGAACCUAAACUUAAGUUUGAGCCUUAACUUUAAUCUUAGUCUUAGCCUGCGUUUGAACUUGAGCUUUAGCUUGCGCCUGAGCUUGGGUCCGAGCCAGAGUUUUAGCCUUAAUUACUUCUAGUUCUAGUCUUUAUUUACUUUACAUUCUUCAAGCGUCUACAAUUACAAUUCGGAAGAUAUAGAUUAGAUUAGUAGUUUGAUGCCUUAGAUUGUAACGUACUGUGCUGAUGUGCAAGGAUGUUCAAGGUUCAGGUGAAGACCAACGGAGCAAUCCUUGAGUCUGACGUUUCCCAUAAUUGGGCCUCUCCCCAGGUAUUUCACUGUUCCUCGCGUCACUGAGUCGUGGGUGCUCUAUAAGACUUCUGGCGUUCAAUCAUAUACUCGUGUAGGCGCGGGGUUGAACCAAGGUGUUUCCGAAUAGCGAGCGGUGCCACAGCCAUUGCGCUACCAACGCACUAAAUCCCUCUCUUUGUUAUAGUACUUGCUAACAGGCUUUUCUCAAUCUUUACUGCCGAAAUUUUGAAUUAUUUGUGUAGAACAUUUUAUGAACCGAACCCUAAUGUAGGUUACAUAUACGUAAUUUUCAGAUUCUGUUCCGAACAAUGUUUUGUAGCUCUACUAGACGGAAAGAAGUAG